AUGGAAACUGAUUAUCGGGUACAAGUUUUGGACCGUUUGUUAUCAGUAACUUUAUAUUUAUCUAAGAAUAAUCUAGCGUUUCAAGGAAGUCCAGAUAAAUUUUAUACUCAAAGUAAUGGAAAUUAUUUAAGUUUAGUUGAACUUUUGGAAAAGAAUAUUCCUUUUCAAGAUUGUCGUGGGCAGAGAUAUGAUAAUGGUGCUAAAAUGAAAGGGCAAAAAAAAGGAGUUCAAGCGAGAGUUUUAUCAAUGAAUUCUCGUGCCACCUUUCUUCCAUGCAAUUUCCAUUCUUUAAAUUUAGUUGUAUCAGAUGCUGCAUCUCGUUCUAUAAAUUCAAUUACAGUUUUUGGCGGCUGGACCGUGAAACCUCUGAAUGACACAAGAUGGGAAAGUAGAAUMAACAGCGUAAAAGUUGUUCGCUUUCAAACUGAACAAAUUUACAAUGAUUACAGAUUUAAACUAUCUGAAGUUGAAAACAUAGAUGCUGGRACGCGCCAUGAAGCUAUUUCAMUUGCUGAUCAACUUACAGAUUUUAAGUUUCUAAUAUCAUUAGUUGUUUGGUCAGUAAAAGUAUGCAAGCAAAAGCAAUGGACUUAA